AGCCCACUAGCUCAAAGCAGUUACUAGCACUGUUUAUCUGCUUGGGAAGCAGAAGGUGAGACUUCCCCUUAGAGAACGGCCCAUGUCUUCCUCACUGGUUCUUCCAGAUCCACGUUAGUCCUAACUCAGCCAUUCCUAAUUCCCAAAAUAGUGAAGACCAGCCUCAUGAGUAUGGAAGACACUGAAGAAACCCCAGCAGGUAACCAAAGCCUGACUGAAGGCACCUCAGUCACAUUGAAUAGGGACACUGGUCCAGAUAAAGUUCUUGCUUCACUAGAGGGCAAGAGGAAGAGAAAAGGGUACUUGCCAACUGAGUCAGUGAAGAUCCUCCGAGACUGGCUGUAUGAACACCGGUUUAAGGCCUACCCUUCAGAAGCAGAGAAGCGAAUGCUGUCUGAGCAGACUAAUUUGUCUUUCCUGCAGAUCUCUAACUGGUUUAUCAAUGCCCGCAGACGUGUUCUUCCAGAAAUGCUUCAACAGGAUGGAAAUGACCUCAACCAGACCAUCAUAUACCACCAAAAAGGCAAGGCUGCUGAUGUGACCCAUGAGCAGAGCACAGAUUUAUCUCCACAGUCCAGGUCAGGGCCUCGAGGUCCAGACAAGAUGCAGUGCCUGCCCUUGAGCCUCCUUCCAGUGGGCCAGAAGACAGAGGAGAAGCUGCUAGAUUCAGAGUUGUCUCCAGGCCAGAAGCUGACCCCAAAGGCCCAGCCAAAUAAAAUGGUCAAGUUUUCCACUAGUGAAUCCUUGCUUAUGACAUCUCCCAAGCCUGAGUUAACAGAGGAGUACAAGGACUUCAGUAGCUUCCAGCUGCUGGUUGAUGCAGCUGUGCAAAAAGCUGCAGAACUGGAGCUACAGAAGAAACAAGAGCCCAAUCCAUGAUGUCCAAUGUCCCUGAAAAGCUCAAGUUGCCAGUCCCUUGUCUACAGUGGUAGAUCCAUUUAUGUUCCCCCAGCUAACUCAUAGUUUUACCUUUUAUAGAGACAUUAUUCUUCCUAGGAAUUUUAUGAGAGCCAUCACUGGCUAUUAGGACUCAAUUCUCUAGCUAUUUCAGCGUUUCCAAAUGGACUUGUCAUGAUUGACACUAAAGUAAAGAUAUCUUCUCUACUUCUACUUCUUCCUACGUUUAAAGGCUUCAGACAAUCACACACCUGAGACUAGACACGGUGCUAAUGAAUCUUCAGAACCCUUGCUUUGUUUUUUCUAGCCAGACUUUAUUGUCCUAGGACUGCUGCAGAUACUGAAUCACCAAUCUUUCUCCCUCUCUCUAACUUUCCUUGUCAAUUAGCAUGAAUAAUGGAAAAGAAAGGCUCUAUAAAAGAUGACUAUAACAGCACUGGCAUAAUUUUAAUGUUGAGCUUUUUGUGAAAA